GUUAUUAAAAAAAAAAAGGAUCAAGUCUGGUGCAUUUAUGAAUCCCUUAAUUUCUUUAUGAAGUUUCACAUGUCAUACGAAUCAAGAUAAAGUAUUACUUCGCGUCGUGUUGUAAAGUUUGCCACAUAUAAGUUUUUUUCCAAAGUGAACGUAUUCUGUUGCAUUCAAAUCCACACUUGAACUAUAUUUUUUGAACUUCGAUUCUUGUUUCCCAAAGUGAAAAUAUUUUGGGCCCAAUUAACUAUGAUUUCCUAUGAGAUGAUAAUAGAUAGUUGUUUUGGACCAGCACUUAAAACUUGUAACUCUAAUUACUGAGAAAAAGUUUUGCAACACUUAAACAAACAUGAAUUGAUAUAAAUCGAUUGUAUCGCCGAUUGAAUCAUAUAUGUUGUCAAACUAGCCUAAUGAUAUAAAUCCACCAAUUCAGUUGAAGUGGAUUAAAUCGAUAUUUUACCAGAUGGAUUGAAUUGAGUUUAUGCAAAAUUUGCCACCACAACCAGUUAACCUUGCUCUAAUCUCAUCACCCAAUUCUCCGUCUUUAUCACACAAAUCCCAACUGUACGUGGGAUUUAUCACACGUACGUGGGAUUUAUCACCUUAACCAGUUAACCUUGCUCUAAUCUCAUCACCCAAUUCCCCGUCUUUAUCACACAAAUCCCACGGGCUAGCACGGCACGACACGGUUAGAGCACGCACGGACACGAAAUAAAUGGGCCAGCUCGGCACGAGUACGAAUAAUUUAAGAGUCGUGCCGGGCCUAAACUUCAUGGGCACGGGCACGAGCACGGGCACGACACGGUAUAUAAGUGGGCCGUGUCGGGCCUAAUAUUUUCGAGACUUUAUUAAGUAUAAGAACGGACAUGGCACGAAAAUAGUAUUUAUUUGAUAAACAAUAAAUAUAAAAAGAAUUAUAGGUUCAAAUAUUACAAAACACAAGUGGAAAACUAAUUAUACUUUGUUGUUAGAAGUGUUAUAAAGAUAUAUACGUAAUUACUAACAUAAGUAAAAAUGGACAAAGAAUUAAACAUAGUCAAAUCACACUCGCUAUACUUCCAAUUUUCUUUUCUCCCUUAUUUGUUACUUUUCUCAAACAUUAUCGGUUAAUACUAUCUUCCUCCGUCCAAUUUUCACCUUCUUUUUCAUUCUCUCUUUUGUUUUCAUCAUUUUCAUUAAACACGAAUACGAGCAUGACACGAGCACAAAUAGGCACGACACGAACCGUGCCAGGAGCUGGGCCGGGCCGGACCUAGCAAAGUUAACAAAUGAGUUUGCAUGACACGACACGAAAACUAACGAGCUGUACCAAGCACGACCAAAAUAAAUGAGUCCGACCGGACGGCCCAAGCACGGCCGAGCGCAUAUGUACACAAUCCCAACCCUCUCAGCAUUCGUACAAACUGCCAACACAAGAGCAUGUAGAAAAAUAUUUUAAUUUGACUGCGGAAACUCUUGUGGCUUAGACGUGUGCCAAGUAGGACGCUGACGACAAACCCCAAAAAUCUUUGCCCUCCAAUGAGAUCACAGAUAUAGAUAGCCUCAAGAUAAGAUACUCUCCAACAGUUCCCUUCUCUAUCGUUGCCCAGAUUUCCGAUAACCAGUCCUUCCUAUACAAAUACCUGCCUUCCCUGCAUCACAAUUCCUCACUUCCAUCCUUGAACACAAUCUUCUCAUUGUUUCAUCUUCAUCUCACAGCUUUCCAUCCCCUUCCCAAUUUCCGAAAUGGCCGCCGCAACCAUGGCUCUCUCCUCUCCCUCAUUCGCCGGCAAGGCCGUGAAGCUCUCCCCUUCCGCCUCCGAGCUCAUGGACGGCGGCCGGAUCGUGAUGAGGAAGACCGCCGGCAAGGUCAAGCAGGUUUCCUCCGGAAGCCCAUGGUACGGCCCAGACCGCGUCAAGUACUUGGGCCCAUUCUCCGGCGAGGCCCCAUCAUACCUCACCGGCGAGUUCCCCGGCGACUACGGCUGGGACACCGCCGGCCUCUCCGCCGACCCAGAGACGUUCGCCAAGAACAGGGAGCUGGAAGUGAUCCACUGCAGGUGGGCCAUGCUCGGAGCUUUGGGCUGCGUCUUCCCCGAGCUGUUGGCCCGCAAUGGAGUCAAGUUCGGUGAGGCCGUGUGGUUCAAGGCCGGGGCCCAGAUCUUCAGCGAAGGUGGGCUUGACUACUUGGGCAACCCAAGCCUGAUUCACGCUCAGAGCAUCUUGGCCAUAUGGGCCUGCCAGGUCAUCCUCAUGGGCGCCGUCGAAGGUUACCGUGUUGCCGGUGGACCCCUCGGCGAGGUCGUCGACCCGCUGUACCCCGGCGGCAGCUUCGACCCCUUGGGGCUCGCCGACGACCCCGAGGCGUUCGCCGAGUUGAAGGUGAAGGAGAUCAAGAACGGCCGGUUGGCUAUGUUCUCAAUGUUCGGAUUCUUCGUCCAGGCCAUCGUCACCGGAAAGGGACCCUUGGAGAACUUGGCCGACCACAUCGCCGAUCCCGUAAGCAACAACGCCUGGGCUUUCGCCACCAACUUCGUCCCCGGAAAGUGAGAUUUGAGAGGAGAGCUUUGAAUUUUUCCCUUGUGCGUGGUGCUUGCUGAAUCUGAUCUUUGAUUUGUGAUGUAAAUUUGGAAUCGACUAAUGGAAAUGAUGUGACUUUUAUUUAUGCGUGUUCAAUCUGCUAUCUGCUUCUCUGCCUUUCGAGUCUCUCCAACUAACUCCUUCAGAUUACAAUGGCGGUAGCCCUGAUGUUUGAGUAGUUUAGUUGCCAUGGCAAGUGUGCGUCGAAGACGCCAUAUAUAUCAGUGAUUAUGCAUUAGGGCCAAAAAGUUUGGAA